AAAUAUGUGUAUUACAAUUUGGAUUACGUGUAGUUGAUGUUGAUACCGGAAAAUGAUGAAAGUAGUGCAUUAAAUUUCCUAAUGUUUUUUUUCGCAUUUUUGCUGUUAAAAUAGGAAGAGAGAGAGAGAGUAAUAUACGGAGAAAUUGGACGGAACACCGCAUUUUCAUAGUCCAGCAUCUUAUUUUUCUUCAACAAUACCAAAUUUGAAUUAAACCAUGCCGCAGAAAAAGAUAUUGUGCUUAUUUGACGUAGAUGGAACUCUAACAAAACCAAGAAAUGUAAUAACUCCUGAAUUGUACUUGUUCUUGCAGAACGUAGUGAAACCCCAGUGUUCCAUAGCCUUGGUCGGUGGUUCAGACUUUAAGAAAAUCUCUGAACAAAUGGGAGGGGACGAUAUUGUUCACCAGUUUGACUAUGUAUUUCCUGAAAACGGCUUAAUACAGUACAAAUUUGGAGAGGAAAUUGGCAGACAAAGCAUACAGAAAUUCAUGGGCGAAGACGUUUUACAAACAUUUAUCAACUACGUGUUAGAAUAUUUAUCUACGAUAACUUUACCUGUGAAAAGGGGUACGUUUGUCGAAUUCAGGAGUGGUAUGUUGAACAUUUCGCCCAUAGGGCGAUCUUGUUCUCAAACUGAACGAGACGAUUUUGAGAAAUACGACAAAAUUCAUAAUAUACGCAAAACGAUGAUAGAUAAUUUAGUGAAAGAAUUCCCAGAUAUAGGCCUGACGUACAGUAUUGGGGGACAAAUUAGUUUCGAUGUAUUUCCUAAUGGGUGGGAUAAGACGUACUGUUUGCAGCAUUUGGAAAAUGAAGGAUUUGACGAAAUUCACUUCUUUGGAGAUAAGACCGACAAAGGUGGUAACGACUAUGAAAUAUUCAUCGAUAGACGUGUGGUUGGGCAUAUGGUAAUCAACCCCGAUGAUACAAAGAAACAGCUGGACGAACUUUUAAAAACAUUGUAAUAUACAAAGUGACAUUUUUAUAUGAAAGUAGGUAGACAUGAAAUAAUUCCAUUUAAUUUAAUUGAUGUAAUAGCUGCAAUAAAAACAGUAUAAUGAUCGCAUGAUAGAAAUAUAUAAAAUUCCAUGAUUGCAAUAGUUUUAUACAAUGAAAAAAAUUUAAAUUGAUUUUUUUUUACCUGGAAUUAAUUUUUAUGCAAAAUACACAAAAUUCUCUUCAACUUUGUGUAUUGCGCAUAAAAAAUUCAUCAAUUUCUUUAACUCUGUAAAACCGCUAUAAGAUGUUCAAAUAAUAAUUGGAUAUAAUUGAAAAUAUAUACCAUACUUUUUAA